GAGCACCGAGACCCGGUCCAAGCGAAUAUUUAAAAGGAUGAUCGAGCUUUCUCUCCUACAAAAACCCUAACACCAUCCUCACACUAUUCUUUCUCUGCUCUCGGAAGAACGCUCGCACACUUGCUCAUUCAGAUCUGAAAUCCUAGCGAUCCGUUUUUCCGUGUAGCUAUGGCUCUGGUCUUGCAUUCAUGGAGCUUUAACAAGAAUGCUUACAAGGCACUCAUUGUUGCUGAGUAUACUGGUGUUAAAGUUGAGUUAGCUGCUGACUUUGAGAUGGGUGUCACCAACAAAACUCAUGAAUUUAUCAAGAUGAACCCUAUUGGAAAGGUUCCUGUUCUCGAAACCCCAGAUGGCCCUGUCUUUGAGAGCAACGCCAUCGCACGUUAUGUUGCACGCUCCAAGGCAGACAAUGCUCUUUAUGGCUCUUCUUUGAUUGAUUAUGCCCACAUUGAGCAGUGGAUUGAUUUCUCUACUCUGGAGAUUGAUGCUAACCUUUUGACUUGGUUUAAACUAAGAAUGGGUUGGGCCACAUACCUUCCUCCGGUUGAGGAAGCUGCAAUUGCAGCUUUGAAGAGAGGAUUGGGUGCAUUGAACACACACCUUGCUUCUAACACAUACUUGGUUGGGCAUUCUGUAACCCUUGCUGACAUCAUUACCACAUGCAAUUUGCUUUAUGGGUUCACCAAGCUCAUGACUAAGAGCUUCACUUCAGAGUUCCCUCAUGUUGAGAGGUACUUCUGGACCAUGGUUAAUCAGCCAAACUUUAAGAAGAUAUUUGGUGAGAUCAAGCAAACUGAUUCUGUCCCACCAGUUCAAUCUGCUGCUGCUGCAAAGAAGCCCGCUCCAGCAAAGGAAGCCAAACCCAAGGCUGAGCCCAAGAAAGAGGCACCAAAGCCCGCUGCUGCAGCAGUUGAGGAGGAGGCAGCACCAAAGCCCAAACCCAAGAAUCCUCUUGAUCUGCUGCCACCAAGCAAGAUGGUGUUGGACGACUGGAAGAGGCUCUACUCUAACACUAAAACUAACUUCAGAGAGGUUGCAAUCAAAGGAUUCUGGGACAUGUAUGACCCCGAGGGAUACUCUCUUUGGUUCUGUGAAUACAAAUACAAUGAUGAGAACACUGUUUCGUUUGUGACCUUGAACAAAGUGGGAGGAUUCCUUCAGAGGAUGGAUCUUGCCCGCAAGUAUGCCUUUGGAAAGAUGCUUAUCAUCGGAUCAGAACCACCAUUCAAGGUGAAGGGACUGUGGCUCUUCCGUGGCCAAGAAGUUCCUCAAUUCAUAAUCGACGAGUGCUACGACAUGGAGCUCUAUGACUGGAAGAAGGUUGACAUUAACGAUGAAGUCCAGAAGGAGCUCGUUAAUAAGAUGAUUGAAGAUGAAGAGCCCUUCGAGGGAGAGGCUCUUUUGGAUGCCAAGUGCUUCAAGUGAGACCAAACCUGUUCUCAAUUCUCACCUAUUCAAAGGAGGGGUGCUUUUUGUUUCUCUUUUUUGUUUAAAUUUAAUUUAAUUGGGGUAGAGUUUGUUUUGAUAAUCCUAAAUGUUUAAGUUGAAGACCAAGUUAUUUAGGCUUUGUGGUGUUUUUGAGUUACAAUUAUAAGUUAUAAUCUUUUGCUUUGGUCA